AUGGAUAACAUUAACUUCAACAUGAACAUGAACAUGAACAACAAUUAUCAACCAUCACCUGCAAUGGUUACUCCUCUCUUGGAAUCAUCAAACAUGGAUACACCCUUUCUUGACAAUUUCAGUGCUGACACACCACCCUUCUUUGACACUGCAUUAGACGUCUCACCCUACUUGAUGUAUGCUUCAUUUGCUGAUACCAACCAACAAAACAACAAUUCCAAGGACGUCUUCAUUGCUGGAUACUUGGACGGUCAUGAGAAUAGUGACAUUGCCAAGUUGACACAUGAUCCACUCAAGUUCAAUGGUGACCCAAGCGUUUUGGUCAUUGACAAAUCAAAGUCCCCAUAUUUAUCUUACCCCUCUCUGCCUGCCGCAGAAUCAAAGCCAUCUCCCGUAGUUAAAUUGGAAACUGUGACCGAGGAAGAUUCAGAUUCAUUGUUUCCUCCACUUAAUUCAUCUCAACAAUCCAUGAAUACUGAUACUCGAUCAAGCCAAGACAUCUCUCUGGAUCAGCUGUUAGGCUUUGAUCCCUCAUCUCCCCUUAGCGAAGAUGAUAGCGAUGACUAUGUCGUUGAUGAAGAAGCUCAACAACAUGACAAACAAGAUGAAAAGCAUGCAGAGCAACAGCAAUCAAGAAAGAGAAAGGUUGCUGAAUCUACCGCAGCAAGUUCAAACGCUCCAUCUACCAAGAAAACCAAGACCUCCUCUGCCAAGAAGGACGCUACCAUAGCCAAGGAAAACAAGCCAUCCAAGUUAUUCCAGUGCCCUUUGUGUCCUCACAUGUCCAAGAGAAGAUACAACUUGUCAACUCAUAUGAAGACUCACGACAAAAACAGAGUCAAGGAAUUUGACUGUCUUCAUGAAGGUUGUAACAAGAGCUUUGAUCGUCGUCAUGAUAGAGAUCGUCAUCUUGCUACUGUCCAUCGUGGUGAACGCUCUUACAACUGCUCUGAAUGCAAGUCUCAUUUCAGCCGUAGAGAUGCUCUCAACCGCCAUUUGGUCCAAAAGCACGACUAUGAUGAGCAAGAUUUUGCUGAAUAA